AUGGACGAUGGCCAAAGCAGCAAUGCGGAAUCCGCAGCCGUCAACGGGCUAUCCAAUCGCACGCGUUCUGGCAGCGCCAGCAGUGGCCACAAACGAAGCCUCUCAGGCUCUUUACUCUCGAGACUCUCCUUCCUUCGCAUGAGCCAGGCAUCUGCGCAACCUGAGUCGGGAUCCCAUAGCAUGGAUCAGGACGGGGACAGCGAGGACCUCGCGGCCAACGUGCCGCAAGUCACCAGCGAGGCACCCACAAGCAGCAGGGCAAUGUCGGCCGCCAUACAGCAACAGCGCCGUACACGAAGGCGGAGGGGUUCGUUACGGAAAACGGCUCUGCUGGGCACACGGUUCGAGUCGCGGGAGAAGAGAGUCACGGCCAAGCUUGCAGACGCGACCCCUCGCUACCAAGGCGAGGUGUCGCCGCCUCAGAAAGAUCAUGCGUCCGUUGACAACGGCUUCUCGUCGCGGGAGAGCCUCGUCGAUGACGAUGACGGGCAGCCAAGCUGGUUCAGUUCCAGCGCCGCGCAGAAGACCCUCCGCUCCUCCGUUGCCCGACGCCGACAGGGCCUCGCGCCGCAAGAUCUUCUUGGCGGCGAGGAAACGGGGACCGACGACGAAGAGCUCGUCUCCUUUCCGCGCAUAACUACCGCGAAUAACACGUCUGCGAACACCGGCGCACCAACAACCACCGGCAAAGCCAGCCCAACCUCGGGCCUCCACAUCUCGACCCAGUCUUCCGCCUCAGACUCAUACUACCCCCUCCCUACGGACACGGCCUACCGCCCUGUGCACCGCAACAAGUCCUCACCGCUCGCCCCCCAUCCCGUCGAAAUCAAAAAUAACGCUGAUACAUGGGACUACUCGGAGACAGAGUGGUGGGGUUGGAUUAUCCUGAUCGUGACUUGGCUGGUCUUCGUUGUAGGCAUGGGCAGCUGCUUCGAGGUCUGGAGUUGGGCCUGGGAUGUCGGCGAAACGCCAUAUGCGCCGCCGGAGCUGGAAGAUGACCCUACUCUCCCCAUUGUGGGCUAUUAUCCAGCGCUAAUUAUCCUCACUGCUGUCAUGUCAUGGGUUUGGGUUGUUGUUGCCUGGGUCGGCAUGAAAUAUUUCAAGCAUGCUAAUAUCUCGGGUGACGACAGUUGA